CACCUCCGCACGCUCCAUUGUCUUCCGUAUUCAAGCGCCGUCCCGCACAAGUCUCCUUCUGUCCCUCAUACCAUUCCGAGAGCAGGAAAUCAACUCCAAGGACUCCCUGACUUGGUUCACAGCUCCUCGCCAUGGCCGCACCUCUGUACACCACGGAAUCCGGUCUCCUCUGGCACGCCGGAAAGAUCCUCGUCGUGACCGUCGGCCUACCAGCUCGUGGAAAGACCCAUAUCUCCCGCUCCCUGGAACGCUAUCUACGAUGGAUGGGCGUCAAGACGCAAGUCGUUUCCACCGGCGACUACCGCCGGAAGACGCUCGGAGGGACGAAGAACCUGCCACCAGACUACUUUAAUCUUGGCGGAGAACGUAGUCAAUCAACAAAUGAGUUGCGCAAGAAGAUCCUGGAGGGCUGCGAGAAGUUGAUCUGGGACUUCUUCCAUGGGGGAGGGCAGGUCGUGAUAUACGACGCGAACAAUGGGACGAGGCAGGCGCGGGCGACGCUGGCGAAGAAGUUCACGGAUGCGGGGAUCCAUGUCAUCAUGCUAGAGUCCGUCUGCGAUAACCAAGAGAUCAUUGAAAACAAUAUACGAAGCGUCAAGAUCUCCUCUCCAGACUACCGUGAAUGGGACCCGGAUCAGGCCGUGAAGGACUACUUCCGUCGUAUUCAAGACCACGAGAAGUUCUACGAGCCCGUUGAGGAGACGACAUGGCCGUUCAUCCGCAUCAUCAACGUAGGAGAGAAGAUCAUGGUCAACAACAUCCGUGGCUACCUUCAAUCUCGGAUUGUCUUCUUCCUCAUGAACAUCCACAACCGCUAUCGGACAAUUUACUUUGCCAGGUCCGGCCAAUCCCUCAUCGAACAUUCGUACAAAGCCGACUCCGACCUCUCGCCUGCCGGUUGGGAGUACGCCGAGAAGCUGAAAGACUUCGUGCUUGAGCGAUGGCAGAAGAGCUUGAAGGAGCGCGGCUUGAAGCAGGAGCAGCGGAGAUUGGUGAUAUGGACUUCCACCCGCCGUCGUGCCCAUCACACUGCCUGGCCCUUCCUCUCCGAAGCGUCUGCGUCGCAUGGCCGGCAACAGGUGACAACCGGAACCGUCGCUGCCACGCCCGCCGUCCAAACGACGAUGCAAGAGGUCCCUAACCCGAUGGAGUCCGCAAACACCCCACCCGUCAACAUCAAGGUCGUCGAGAAAGCCCAAAUGUCCGAAAUCAACCCCGGCAUCUGGGACGGCCUCUCCCCCGACCAAGCGCGCAAGUACUACCCCCAGGACUGGGAGCGCUUCGUCAAGGACCCCUACGCCUUCCGCGCGCCCCGCGCCGAGAGCUACCACGACCUCUGCGUGCGGCUCGAGCCCGUGCUCAUCGAGCUCGAGCGCGAGCGCGAGGACCUGCUCAUCAUCGGACACUCCUCCGUCAUCCGCUGCCUGCUCGCCUACCUCAUCGGCCUCCCCGCGUCUGAGAUUCCCGCCAUCGAGAUCGCGCGCGGCGACCUGCUCGAGGUCGUCCCCGCCUCCUACGGCGUGCACUCGCAGGCGUUCCACUUCUGGGACGGGCCUGGGAGGCGGGUGGGCGAUGUGGCGGACGGGGGGCAGAAUGAUGAUAAUUUCUACGAGAACUAUGCGGAGGAUACGAAGGGGAAGAGGAAGUUGACGUCGGAUGAGUCGGCGGCGGCGGGGGUGCCGCAGGUGGUGCAGGAGGCGCCGCGCGCGCAGGCGAUGACGGAGACCUCGGGCCCGAAGGUGGUUGUUACCACUGAUGAGGGGCCGGUGUCGGACGCGGCGGUGGUGACUGGAGAGCCGGAAACGUACUAAACAAUCUAUUCUAGACAGAUGCACAUUGUACCAUAGCUAGCUACAGACAAACAUGAAUUGGGCGCAGUGAA